AUGCAGCCCCACACUGGUGCAUCCUGCCCUCCCCUGAGAACCCACCACCCCCUGUGGGAAAGCACAAUUUUGCACAGCCAGCCCGAGACAGAGAGCAAACUUUUCCCUCUCUGACACACUUGGAGCCAAGGCAGUGUGACUCCACCUCAGCUUCAGUGCUCUCGCCCUCUCUCUGCAUGCAGAAGGAAAUUUCACCCCGAGGGAAGACAACAUGAGAAAGCAACCCCCAGAGAGCUCCGAGGGACUCUUCAGCAUCCAAGAUGCACAAACUUCUAAAGCCCAGAAGGAGCUUGUCAAAAGAUACAAGAUCUGUGGGGUGCUGUUUUUUAUCCUGGUGCUCUCUCUCAUCCUGACGUUUCUAGGCGUCCACUACUUUUGGAAUCCACCGCCUAACAAAAUUUACGGCAUGGAGCACACCUUUGUCAGCCAAGGAGAGAUGCAAAAGAUAUUCAUGAAGAUCGACCCUGUCAGCAGGACAGAGAUCUUUCAAACUGGAAAGGGCAGUGAAGAAGUUUUGGAAAUACAUGACUUCAAAAACGGUAUAACCAGUAUCUUUUUUGUGGGCGAUCCAAAAUGCUUCAUCCGAAGUCAAAUGAAAGGGAUACCAGAAACAUCGAACUUGGAAGCAGAGAAGCCUGAGAGUGAGGAAGUCACCACCUAUUUUGAGCAAUCAGUGGUCUGGGUUCCAGGGGAGAAGCCUAUUGAAAGCAAAGAUUUCCUGGAGAACUCCAAGAUUUUUGACCUCUGCAAAAAUGUGACUACAUACUGGAUGCACCCAACCUUUCUGACAGAACCAGAGCCCCUCGACUUUGACAGUGAAGGGGAGACAGGUGAUCAGUUCCCUACAAACAGGCCAGGCCAGGAGGAAAUGAAAGAGAAUCAUUGGGCCAAGCAAGCAAGACCCAGCCCCAGACGGCGAGCUCGCCAACUCACUGAACAGGACUUACCUGUGAACGACUAUACAGAAAACGGGCUCGAGUUCCACCCCAUGUGGGAUGAAAGAGGAUACUGCUGCGCCCGCUGCCGCCGUGCCCAUCAAUACUGCCGGAGGGUGUGUGAGCCUCUGCUGGGAUAUUACCCAUACCCCUACUGUUACCAGGGAGGGAGAGUGAUUUGCCGUGUCAUUAUGCCCUGUAACUGGUGGAUUGCACGGAUGCUGGGGCGUGUGUAA